ACUUAGCCGACAUUUUUUCUAAAUUAAAUGAACUAAAUAUGUCUUUACAAGGUCCAGGAAUCAUCAUUUUCAAUGUUCAUGAUAGAAUAGAAGCCAUGCUAAAGAAGUUCAUCUUUUGGAAUCGAUGCUUGCAGAUGAAUGAGUACGAUUGUUUUGGUUUCCUCAGCAGCCUUUUAUCAGAGAAUAAAAUUCAACUUAACGAAAGCAUUAAAAGAGAUAUUACUGAACAUCUCAAACAGCUUCAAUUAACGUUCAACGAGUAUUUUCCUAAUAAACCUGCAUCAAACAACUGAAUACGCAAUCAAAGGAG